UAACAACUACAACCAUUGACAGUGUGCGUGUUUCAUUCGGAUACUAAUAUAUCCUUAUAGCAUUCUCACUGACUACUUCCGUGUCUGUUUUUUCGCCGUUAAGUACCUCCGAUUUGUAGGUUAGCGGGUGGCUAACAAAGCUAACAACUGAGAAGUGACACGUUUCUGCCGGAUUUUCUUCUCUUCCCUCACAGAGUAGCUGCAGCCCGGUUGGAUCAGCGCUAUGGGUAUUUUGGAGAAAAUUUCGGAAAUCGAGAAAGAAAUUUCUCGGACACAGAAAAACAAAGCUACCGAGUACCAUCUGGGUUUGCUGAAGGCCAAGUUAGCCAAAUACAGAUCUCAGCUUCUGGAGCCCUCCAAAUCAGCGGGGGUCAAAGGUGAGGGCUUUGAUGUGAUGAAAUCAGGAGACGCUCGUGUAGCGCUCAUCGGCUUCCCAUCAGUCGGUAAGUCCACAUUUCUCAGCUUGAUGACAUCAACAGCCAGUGAAGCUGCAUCGUACGAGUUCACCACCCUCACCUGCAUACCUGGCGUUAUAGAGUACAAAGGAGCCAACAUCCAGUUGCUCGACCUGCCAGGAAUCAUUGAGGGUGCUGCCCAAGGAAAGGGUCGAGGUCGGCAAGUCAUCGCUGUGGCCAGGACGGCCGACGUCGUCAUCAUGAUGCUGGACGCCACCAAAGGAGACGUUCAGAGAGAACUUCUAGAAAAAGAGUUGGAGUCAGUGGGCAUCAGACUGAACAGGACAAAACCAAAUAUUUAUUUCAAGCCCAAAAAAGGCGGCGGGCUCUCCUACAACUCCACAGUCCCUCUGACUCACUGCUCAGAGAAGCUCGUUCAGCUCAUUCUUCAUGAGUACAAAAUCUUCAAUGCGGAAGUCCUGUUCAGAGAGGACAGCACGCCGGAUGAGUUCAUUGAUGUCAUUGUUGGAAACAGAGUUUAUAUGCCUUGCUUAUACGUGUAUAAUAAAGUGGAUCAAAUCUCCAUAGAGGAGGUGGACCGCCUGGCACGCAGGCCUCACAGUGUUGUCAUCAGUUGUGGAAUGAAGCUGAACCUGGAUUACCUCCUGGAGACGCUGUGGGAAUACUUGGCCCUUAUUUGCCUUUAUACAAAGAAAAGAGGAGAGCGCCCGGAUUUUAACGACGCCAUCAUCAUGAGAAGAGGAGCGUCUGUGGAGCACGUGUGCCACCGAAUCCACCGAACUUUAGCCAGUCAGUUCAAAUACGCCCUCGUAUGGGGAACCAGUACCAAGUACAGUCCUCAGAGAGUGGGCCUAACGCACGUGAUGGAGCACGAGGACGUCAUUCAGAUAGUUAAGAAAUAAAAGCCUCUGACUGACUGUAAUAUAGUAAUACAGCAAAGCAAAAUGCUUAACAUCCUUAUUUUGUAUAAGAAAUCUAACAGGAAAUGGAAGAAACGGAAACACUUUGAGCAGAUUCUGGAACAGGAAGUGUUUUUUGUCAACUGAUUAAGAUAUGAUGAUUUAGAGAAGAAAACAAAAAAGAAAUAAAUUCCAUAAAACAUUUUAA